CUCUGUGAAGGUUAUCCCUCUCAGUGAUGGAGAGACGGUGCAAGUUGUGGACCUGGGUGUUUUCAGUGCCGGUGGGUGGGGGGUGACUAUCCUCGCCUGCAGACAGCUGGAAGAGUGGCCCCGUGAGGCCCUCCUCUCCGUGUCCCAGACCUUCUUCCAGAACGUGGAGUUUGGCAGUGAGGAGAUGAAGGAUCGUUUCAGUGAGAUGUGUGUGGAGAUCCACGUCAGUGUGACAGACAUGGCCGAGAGGUUCUACUCGGAGCUGAGACGACGCUACUACACUACCCCCACCUCUUACCUGGAACUGAUUAACCUCUACCUGGCCAUGCUGGGAGAGAAGAGACAGCAACUAGUGGCUGCUCGUGACAGGGUAAAYAAUGGUCUGACUAAGCUGUUGGAGACCAACGUGUUGGUGGAUAAGAUGAAGAUAGACCUGUCAGCUCUGGAGCCUGUCCUCAAACAAAAGUCUAUAGACGUCAACGCCCUCAUGGGGAAACUAGCCGUGGACCAGGAGAGCGCCGACAAGGUGGUGGUGAAGGAGGACGAGGCCCUAGCCAAGGUGAAGGCUGAGGACACCCAGGCCAUAGCAGCAGAUGCCCAGAGGGAUCUAGACGAGGCUCUGCCCGCUCUGGAAGGUGCCAACAGCCUGGACUCACUGGACAAGGCAGACAUCUCAGAGAUCAGGGUCUUCACCAAACCACCUGACAUGGUCAUGACUGUCAUGGAGGCCGUCUGCAUCCUGCUGGGCAGCAAACCUGACUGGUCCAGUGCCAAGCAGGUGCUGGGUGACUCCUACUUCCUCAGGAAGCUGAUGGAAUAUGACAAGGAAAACAUUAAGCCCCAGAUCCUCCAGAAGCUUCAGAAGUAUGUGAACAACCCGGACUUUGUCCCUGAGAAGGUGGAAAAGGUGUCCAAGGCCUGCAAGUCCAUGUGUAUGUGGGUCCGGGCCAUGGACCUCUACUCCAGAGUCCUCAAGGAGGUCGGACCCAAGAAAGAAAGACUGGCCGCCGCACAGAUGGAGCUGAACGCUACCAUGGCAACCCUGAAGGAGAAGCAGGCCCAGCUACAGGAAGUACAGAACAAGAUUAAAAUCCUCCAGGACCAGUUUGACCAGAGCAUCGCAGAGAAGGAGGGUCUGGCUAAGACCAUGGCUCUGACCGAGGCGAGGCUGGGCCGUGCAGGGAAGCUGACAGCAGCUCUGGGGGAUGAGCAGGUUCGCUGGCAGGAGAGCAUUGAACGUUUUGAACAGGAGAUCCAUAACGUGGUGGGAAACGUCUUCAUCGCUGCAGCCUGCGGCUACUACGGAGCCUUCACAAUGCACUAUAGACAACUGCUGAUAGACCAGUGGAUUGUGCGAUGCCAGGAGUUGAGCAUCCCCAUCAGUGCCAGCUUCAGCCUCAUCAACAUCCUGGGRGACCCCUAUGAGAUCCGCCUGUGGAACGCCGAGGGGUUGCCCCGGGACACRGUUUCCACUGAGAAUGGAAUCCUGGUUACCCGUGGACGCCGCUGGCCACUCAUGAUCGACCCUCAGGAUCAGGCCAACCGUUGGAUCCGUUCCAAGGAGACCAAGAACGGUCUGAAGGUGAUCAAGCUGACCGACUCUGGUUUCCUGCGAACCCUGGAGAACGCCAUCCGCAUGGGCAUGCCCGUACUGCUGGAGGAGCUGAAGGAGACUGUGGACCCGGCUCUGGAGCCCAUCCUGCUGAAGCAGACGUUUGUGGCGGGCGGUCGCACCCUCAUCCGCCUCGGAGACUCCGACAUUGACUACAACAAGAAAUUCAGGUUCUACAUGACCACCAAGAUGGCCAACCCCCACUACUGCCCUGAGGUGUGUAUCAAAGUGACCAUCAUCAACUUCACUGUGACCAAGUCUGGUCUGGAGGACCAGCUUCAGACCGGCGGCCGGCCGCCGGUCGCGCUCCGGGGUGGGGCCGCUUUGUACGGGGCGCCAGGGCGGGCAGCACCCUCGGUAUCAGAGAAGAGCAGUGUUCUGGAAGAGCGCCUGCAGAUCCUCCUGGACCAGACCCUGCUCACCAGCUACACCAACGUAUCCCGCGGCCUUGAGCAGCACAAGACCAUCUACAGCUUCAUGCUUUGUGUGGACAUCACCCAGCAUGGCGAGGUCUCUGACGCAGAGUGGCAGCACUUCCUGCGAGGAGCGCCCCCCCUUGACAAGGAUCAUCCAGAGAGCCCUGACGUACCAUGGCUAUCAGAGUUUACCUGGCAGACAUGCUGUGAGCUGGAGGAUACUCUGCCCUGCUUCAACGGCAUCAAGAGAGAGAUCACCGCCACACCCAUCUCUAUAAUAUAA